AUGCGGUAUAACAACAGCCUGAAAAGUCAUCGUGCUAAGAAAAACGGGUAUAAGCAGCCCGUGUCGGACUCCGGGAAGUUUCAGGAAGGAAGCCAUAAUGAGGGUCUGGCUAGCGGUAACCUAAAAAUUCGCCUGUAUUUCAGCUUACAAGUUAGUUCCAUAGAACAAGGGGGGAAUGAAGAACUAGACCCUGAGACAGGUAAUGCUGUGAAGGCCAUUUGCGGCUAUUCAAGAGGACACCCAGAUCUUGAGACCGUUGAUGGAACUCAAGGUCAAGAUGGCCCGUCAGAAUCAUAUCGGAAAGAGUUUACAGUAUCGACAAACGAUUCUCAACGUCCCUCUCACGCUCAGAGCAGGCGCACAUUUGAAGUUUUGCGUAGACCAGGGUUGAGCGCCGACGGCGCAAAUGCUUUCGAUGGAAAUGGAAAGAAAAACCGAGAAACGCCAAUUGAUGAUUCAUUUGAUGAAACAUGCGUGUGCCUGUGA